AUGGACGUGAUCGAGAAGCAGACUCAGAACCGCGUUGCUGGUGGCUACCAGAUCGACCAUGGUCAAUCAGCCCAGUCUCUGUCUCAAUGUGUUGUUGAGAACUUGUUAAAAAGAAGCUCCUACAUCCAGUUGUCAGAUGGGUCUGUUGUUGAACUUGAUCAGAAGGCAAAAUCAGUAAUCCUAGACAACCUUAAUGAAUUGUCCUCAAGUGCAUUACGUGUAUUGGGUUUUGCAUACAAAGAUGACCCUUCAGAGACUUCGGGUAAGCAGUUAAUUCGCUGGCUUAGCAGGACUUGUGAUGGUGUGAAUGAUGCACCUGCUUUAAAAUUGGCUGAUAUUGGGAUUGCAAUGGGCAUUGCUGGAACUGAGGUUGCAAAGGAGGCUGUUGACAUGGUUCUGGCUGAUGAUAAUUUUAGCACGAUUAUGGCUGCAGUUGGAGAAGGCAGAUCCGUUUACAAUAAUAUGAAAGCCUUUAUCCGGUAUAUGAUUUCUUCAAAUAUUGGUGAGGUUGCUAGCAUCUUUCUAACUGCUGCCAUUGGGAUUCCAAAAGACCUAAUUGCAGUUCAGCUUCUAUGGGUGAAUCUGGUUACGGAUGGCCCACCUGCAACAGCCUUGGGUUUUAAUCCACCAGACAAAUACAUCAUGAAAAAAUCCCCUCGCAGGAGUGACGAUUCCUUGAUUGCGAAUCUAUUGUUCAUUUGCCAAGGAAGAAAUAAGCAAAAAGACGGAUACGCCCUUGGAUUUGGAUCCAUUGUUGCUUUUAUGAUAAGUGUUAGAGCUUGGCUUUUGAAACUUUUAGCACAGCUGGAAUUCAGUGCUUUCCAGUUUUUGCUCAAUUCAGUGCUUCGAACACCAACUUAUCAGGAGGACAAAACUUGUGUUGUUGUAUCAAGAUGCAGGGUUUGUCAAAUAGGAGGACUGGAGCAACAAGUACUACUGGCACUUGAUAGGAUUGAACAAAAAUGGGAAUUACACUACUGUUGGAAGCUCUUUCUUCUUUUAAGGGAGUCAUUUAGGAGAUAG